AUGCGGGAAAUCGUUCACUUGCAGACCGGACAGUGCGGUAACCAAAUCGGUACCGCAUUCUGGGAGACUGUCACCGAGGAGCACGGCCUCGGCCCCGAUGGCGUCUACCACGGCGACAACGACCUCCAGCUCGAGCGGAUGCAGGUCUACUUCAACGAGGCCGCCGCGAACAAGUACGUCCCGCGCGCGGUCCUUGUCGACCUCGAGCCGGGCACGCUCGACGUCAUCCGCUCGUCGCCUAUGGGAGAGCUGUUCCGCCCGGACAACAUGGUGGCCGCGCAGAGCUCGGCGGGCAACAACUGGGCGAAUAAGUACCGUCCGGACGGUCACUACACGGAGGGCGCUGAGCUUGUCGACCAGGUGAUGGACGUCGUGCGCAAGGAGGCCGAGAACUGCGACUGCCUGCAGGGCUUCCAGCUCACGCACUCGCUCGGAGGCGGCACGGGUUCGGGUAUGGGAACGCUCCUCAUCUCCAAGAUCCGCGAGGAGUACCCCGACCGCAUGAUGGCUACCUUCUCGGUCGUCCCCUCGCCCAAGGUCUCGGACACUGUCGUCGAGCCGUACAACGCGACGCUCUCGGUCCACCAGCUCGUCGAGAACUCGGACUUGACGUUCUGCAUCGACAACGAGGCCCUCUACGACAUCUGCUUCCGCACGCUCAAGCUCAGCGUCCCGACCUACGGCGACCUCAACCACCUCGUCUCGGUCGUCAUGAGCGGUGUCACGACCUGCCUCCGCUUCCCGGGCCAGCUCAACUCUGACCUGCGCAAGCUCGCCGUCAACAUGGUUCCCUUCCCGCGUCUCCACUUCUUCAUGGUCGGCUACGCGCCCCUCACCGCGCCCGGCUCGAAGAACUUCCGCGCCGUCUCGGUCCCCGAGUUGACCCAGCAGAUGUUUGACGCCAAGAAUAUGAUGGCUGCAAGCGAUCCGCGCCAUGGUCGCUACCUCACCGUCGCUGCGUACUGGCGCGGGAAGGUCUCGAUGCGCGAGGUCGACGACAGCAUGCUCCAGGUCCAGACUCGCAACGCCGACCACUUUGUCGAGUGGAUCCCCAACAAUGUCCAGACCGCCCACUGCGACGUCGCGCCCAAGGACAGCAAGAUGGCCGUCACCUUCAUCGGCAACUCGACCGCGAUCCAGGAGCUCUUCUCGCGCGUCCACACCCAGUUCUCGGCCAUGUACCGCCGCCGCGCCUACUUGCACUGGUACACCGGCGAGGGUAUGGACGAGAUGGAGUUCACCGAGGCCGAGUCGAACAUGCAGGACCUCGUUGCGGAGUACCAGCAGUACUCAGAGGCGGGCAUUGAAGACGAGUACGGUGAGGAGGAGUACGCUGCUGAGGGUGAAUACGCCGAGGGCGGCGAGUACGCCGAGGAGCAGUAA